AUGGUUUAUUCAAGGACCGUGGAUCAAGUGGGAGCAGACGCUGUAAGGAUUAACUCAACAGGACAUGAAAAGUCGAAUUUUACCGUUGUCCUCUCUGCGACGGUCGCUGGAGAGAAAUUAAGACAGAUGGUAAUAUUUAAGAAAAAGAGGAUUCCGAAGGAUAAUUUCCCUACUGAAGUGAUUGUGCGUGCCAACGAAAAAGGCUGGAUGAAUCACGAACUGAUAAAGACAUGGCUCCUUGAGGUGUGGAACAAAAGGAAACGCUAUGUCAACGAUCCGUCGCAGUCAUUGCUGAUAUUGGAUUCUGCAAGGUGCCAUCUCACAGAAGACGUCCGAGAGCUUUUCAAGGAGCAUUCAAAGAUCGCGGUCAUUCCAGGCGGAAUGACCAAAUAUCUAAAGCCUCUCGACGUCGGCAUCAACAACCCUUCAAAGACCAUCUGA